CGUGAUAUUACAUACAAAGGCGACCUGAGCGCCCCCUCUUUUUUGAAAACCACUUAGCUUCUGGCGCCGUCGCUCUUCCUCCAUCCUCAGGCGCCGCUCAGCUCCUUCUCGGAUCUGCUGCGCCUCCUCGCAAGGUUGCCGUAAUUUUUGGAACUCAUUUGAAGUGUGUUUACUUCUCUUGACUUUCAAAAUGAUCAACACCGAACAAAAUUGUAACGGAGUGGGCGUGGGAAGUGGAGGGGAUGCAGCUCAGGCUCAUGAAAAGCAGCUUUCUGGGGCUACAAAAAAGACUGCGCUUAGAGACGUGCAAAAUGAAAAUGUUGGAUCAGUUAGUAAGCAGCAGCAAGAGAAUACACUCUCUGGUGGAGGAAGAUCUAAUGGUGAUACUAUCAAAGUAUGCGGCACUAAAAGGCUUACACCUGAGCGCCCUUCGAUUUCCAAGGGAUUUCCUUCCUUGGCUUAUAAUGUAGCGAAUGAGAAUGUCAUGAAUGCCCGUAGGAGAUUUGACUUAGAACUUGGGAUUGGAAGGCUUCAAAACAGUGUCGAGAAAAACUCAAAAUUUUCAGAAACAAAGACCACGGCUCAAUUGCAUCACGGAAUUACUCAAAAGAUGAAUUUGGUGAAGGAUGCUAAUAUGCCGAAUGUUCCUGUUGCUACAUCAAACAACUCAACUGCAGCUAAGGCGUUUCCGCACGGCAGUUCAAAUGUUUCUAGCCCUUUUGGUAAGCCCGCCAAUAGUAAGCCUGUUGCUAAAGUGUCCCCAGAGCUUCCUCGCUCGGUUGAUUCUAAGGUCACCAAGGAUCAGCUCAGAACCGAGCGCUACAUUUCCCUCCAGAACUUUCUGAAACAAUGUGAUGAAGCUGCGGACCGCAAAGAAUUCAUUCAGAUGCUUUUAAAUUCAUCUCCUGCUGAGCUUAGUAGGCGCGCUGUGGAGCUAGAGAAAAGAGCAAUACAAUUGACAAUAGAGGAAGGCAACGAGAUCCAACGAAUGAAGGCUAUGAAUAUUUUGGCUAAAUCAUCUCCAGCAAAAAAUUUGUCUCUAUCAACACAGGUAUUACAACAGAGCAAGCAAUAACUCUGAUCCAACUUGAGGUUAGUAAUUUUCUGUCUGUCACCAUGAACUGUAAGGACUCUAUCCAUACUUUCGAUCUUCAAUGUGCGGCUACUUAGAUCUCUCGUAAACACUUUUCUUCGCAAGCUGUGUGAAAUUUGAGAUCAUUAUUUGACCUGUAGUCUUCUGAAAAUCUAAAAUCAAACUCGUGUUGUCGUAGAAAAUAAGUAUUUAGAACAAUGUAGCUGGUCGAUAUCCGUAGAGUAUUCCACUUUUAAUGUGUUGUCGCGAUAGAGAUGCCUUUGGAUGAUCUGUAUGAGGUAGUAGUUAAUAUGUGAACAUUUCUAAAUCUUGAUUC